GUCUGCUUUCCUCCUCCUACGAGUAUCCCGGCCGCUACACGCAGUGGACCAUCGGUUUCUGUGAUCCGCCAGUAUGUUUAGAGGCUUGGGGCAAAAAGUUCCAGGUCAAUGCCCUCAACUGUCGCGGCGUGCCUUUCCUUUUGGCCAUCCAUGAGGCCAUCCAAGGCAAUGAUGCCUUGGCAGAAGUCAAGCUGGUCGGAUCGGAUCGCAUCGAGGGGACCGUGAAGGAAGCCGCGGGCUUCUUCGCAGAGGAGGACAGAUCCAAGCAGCCUUCCAUCUUCUCCGUGAUCCGCGCAUUGGUGAACCUGUUCUCUUCCGAUGAGGAUGCCCAUUUAGGUCUUUAUGGAGCCUUCGGCUACGACCUGGCCUUCCAGUUCGAGCAG